GAAGCUUCGGCGCAUCACUACUGCCGAGUACAUUAUAUCCGAUCACCACAGCGACCCUUCACGCCGUCACCACCUUUUGCCUUCCUUCCUUCAUCCCUCUCCCUCUUUCUGCUCCGUCGUCGCUGUCCCACCUUGUCCCCGUCCCUCGCCCCCACUGCCCACACGCACCAGCACUCGAACUCCCUUUACCUGCAGCCAUGUCUGACCCAGGCGGCGCACACGGGCGCAACCCAUACCCCUUCUCGCCCACCCCCUCCGGCUCGAACGUGAACCUCCUCCCCACGAUGGGCGGCGGGGGUCCCGGCGGACCCCCGAGCCGACGCACAUCCAUGCGCUCGUUCGGCGGGGCCAGCAGCAUUGCCGGGACCGGGUCGUCGGACACGCACUCCAUAUCUGAGAAGUUCCACCUCGCGGCGGACCCGACGAUGUGGGACUCGGAUUUGACGCGUCCGGAACCGGACGACGCGCUGCACACGCCCGACCCUCGGCUCGACCGCGGGAAGAGCGGGACGAUAUUCACCGGGCGUGGAAUGGAAAACAUAGGGUGCUUGUUCAUCCUCGGUGCAGGAAUCGUCGCGCUUUUUCUAGGGUAUCCCGUGGCGCAGCAUUUCACGCAGAAGCAUACCACGAAUACGAUUUCGGCGAACGUGGUAAAUGGGACCGGGCAGGUCCCGAGCAUCGGGAACUUUGGGUUGAUUGAUUUGGAGACACCCAAGGAGUUACACAAGAUAUAUGGCUUCCACGACCCGACGCAGGAGCUUCAGCUCGUGUUCAGCGACGAGUUUAAUACCGACGGUCGGACCUUUUAUCCCGGUGACGAUCCCUUCUGGGAGGCCGGCGACAUGCACUACUGGUCGACGAAUGAUCUGGAGUGGUACGACCCCAAGGCGAUCACCACUCGUGGCGGGGCGCUGGAGAUCACGAUGACCGAGGCGCCCGACCCCAGCCAGAACCACAACCUGAACUACACCAGUGGGAUGAUGAGCACAUGGAACAAGUUCUGCUUCACCGGUGGCCUGAUCCUCGCCAAUGUGCAGCUGCCCGGCACGAACGACGUUUUCGGUUUAUGGCCCGCCGUUUGGACGCUCGGUAACCUCGGCCGGGCGGGCUACGGUGCGACGCUUGACGGCAUGUGGCCGUACUCGUACGACUCAUGCGACGUCGGGACACUCGCGAACCAGACCCACCCCGGCGGCGGCCCCGUCGCCGCUGCGGACACCGGGACGAACAACGGACAGCUUUCGAUUCUUCCCGGUAUGCGGCUCUCGCGCUGCACCUGCGCCGGCGAGUCGCAUCCCGGCCCGAUCCAUGCCGACGGUUCGUACGUGGGCCGCUCGGCGCCCGAGAUCGAUAUGUUCGAAGCGCAGAUUGGGGGCAGUUCGCCGAACAACUUUGGUGCUGUAUCGCAGAGUGCUCAGUGGGCUCCGUUCAACGCGUACUACGCGUGGUACAACACAUCGGACAACUUCCAGAUCCCCGAUCCUGCGAUCUCGCAGCUCAACUCGUAUGCCGGAGGAACCCUGCAGCAGGCCUCCUCCGUCGUAUCUCAGUCCAACCAGACCUGCUACCAGCUUGUCCAAGAUUGCUUCGCAUUGUAUGGUUUCCAGUACCAGCCCGGCUACGACAGUGGAUACGUCUCGUGGAUCGCAAACGGCAAGGUGUCGUGGUCGGUCAGUGGAGCUGGUUUCCAGGCGGAUACGCGUGUGGAGAUUGGCCCGCGGCCCGUCACCGAAGAGCCUCUCUAUAUCAUUGUCAAUCUUGCCAUCUCGCACUCCUUCUCGUGGAUCGACUUCGAGCGUCUGAUAUUCCCCGCGAUUAUGCGUGUCGACUAUAUUCGUGUCUAUCAGCCUGCCGACCAGAUCAACAUCGGGUGCGACCCACCUAACCGCCCGACGCAGGACUAUAUCAACACAUAUAUCGAGGCUUACACUAACCCGAAUCUGACGACCUGGACGACGGAUUACAAGCAGGUGCAGCCAAAGAACAACCUCACUGCUGCCUGCACGUGAUCUACUUACCCACAUAACCACCGCCGCCACCACCACCACCACCACCUUUACUGACUAGUCGUCGCAUCCUCGCGCACUUCGCUCUCUGCUUUCGGAUACAUACAUAUAUACCUAGAUACCUGCAUUACAUCUACCGGAGAAAUAGUUGGGGGUGUAUCCCGACGAUUCCAGUCCCCCUUUGGAGACGGACGCAUCGCAUCGUCGUUACUGCCAUUUGAUGUAUGAGGGUUCUCAACCAUUGUGCGCGUCUCGAGAUGAUGUCCUGGCCGGCAAGGGUCUAUGGUGCUAAAUUUCCAAUCGUUGGCGCUGCGGCUUCCAUCUCCCCCCUCAGCCUGAAACCUAGUCCCGAGACACCUAGUGAUUUUGGUGGUUUCUGGUGUGUAUUCCCAUCGGGGGCAUUCGAUUUACCGGUGUGCGCUCUGCAAGAGCCUGUAUUUGCU